UAUAUUCUGCGCAAGAUGAUGCGGCAGAAGAGGACUAUGGUACAUUGACCGUGUCUAAUCAUCGUCGAAGAAGAGGAAGAGGGACAGUUCGACGAAGGGAGUAGAAUCGAAUCGUGGAAGGAAAGAAGGAAAAAGAAACGAGGAACAGAAAGGGCUGGAGAGAAGCAGAAGAGGGUUGUCCGCAGCAUCCGGGUGGGGUGGUCGGUUGGGUGGUACGUCGGUCGAUUUUCGUGCGCUUCGACGCAGAACGGAGAGGGCGUCCUGGUCGUUUGCCCCCUUCGUCGUGGCGGAGACUCGCCGAAAACAGACGAUCUCUGGGGGUGUCGAUUGGUCAGUGCGUAACUAGCGACUGUCGGUGCGGUGUGCGGGAUUCAGUGGGCUGCCAGCGGUCGCCCUGGGCACCACCUGCAUGGAUGGAGCCUACCCGUGUACCCAGGGCCCCUGGUCCGCGUCUCGUUUUCCUCGUUGCCACGCUUGCCCUCACUUUCGCAGCGACCGGACUGUUAUGCGGUGCCAUAAUGUCGGACCAUUGGGAGGAAGUGGCCUGGGAUAAGGAGGUCUUGACCCACGCGAACGUUACUCUCACGUGGUACUUGGACGGGCAGGUGGCGAUGGUGGGUCCUGUUUCCGGCCAUAGAAAUCAUCAUCCGGGCAGACGACCCACCUUCCUCGUGCCAAUGUACGGCGGCAUUUGGAUCAUGUGCGUCUCCCUUGCGGAGGAGGAAAUACGACUUCUGGGUCAGGUAGGUUUUCCGCAAGGGAGGUGCAUUAACUACUUGUCGCCCGACGAAGCACAUGAAGAGAUCCGUGCCGCCUGGCAAAAUCGGAUGCAGAAUUUGAGUAUUUCCUGUUCUCUAGUUUGCCUGAUUAUUCUGAGCACCGCUGUUCUGAUUGGCUUUUUUGGAUUGUGCAGGCAUCAAAUAUCGGCAGUUCUCGUUACCGGCGUGAUGUACCUUUUGGCGGCCACGUUCGCGUUGUUCACCCUGACGAUAAUUCAUUUCAAGAGAGCCCAGGAUCGCGGAGCGCGAAUACUGGACGGCCCUGAGGAUGGUGUAAUCGGUGGACCGGCUCCACGUAGUGUCCUCAAGGCCAGACGAUUCAACAGCUCCUGGAGCAUGGACUUCGGAUGGGGUGGCGUCACGCUUUGCGCCCUUGCCUCGGUGGCGUGGAUUAUGCUCAGCAAAAUAAUGCGUUUCAGCCCUAUCGCUGCUAUGAUAGCGUAGCAGUGGGAGGCCUUCGAGGUUUAAGGUCGUUUCCAAGAGUUAUGAUAAAGCGUUUCGAUGUCGAAGCCCCUUUUUGGGUACUUCAACGAAGAAAGAAAAAUGUUCUUUCUGACUUUGCGGUGAUGUUGGUUCUAAAUUUAAGAUAAACUAAAAUAGAAGCAAUACGAAAAUUCAACCAAUUAAUCGAUUAAACAUUGGGGAAAAAAAUUAACGAAGAAAGUAAAUCAUAUUUAGAG